AUGUUAGCGUCCUUGUGCCAAUUGAAACUCAUGGGAUCUCUUAUUUUUAUCUCAAAUCAGAGCAACUUGUAUUUUAUCAACUUACUGCAAGCCUUUCAAAAAAAAUCUCUUCUUUUCAACAACAGAGCUGACAUGUACAACAACGACAACAACAACAUCAACAUCAAAAACAAUAACAACAACAACAAUGAUGACGUCAUCAACUUCAACAUAAACAACAACACCCUCGCAGGCAAUCAACUCAUCCAGAACAUCAACACAUCACUAUCACCAUCACCACUGACGUCACAGCAGGCCGGAAACAGUUUAAUGAUAAUAAUCCUCAUGAAAAUCAUCCAGUAA